AUGGAAUCACCACCAACUUUCUUCAACCACAUACUAGCCAUGCCUUCCCCUGCAAGAGGCCACAUCAACCCAAUGAUGAACCUAUGCAAGCUCCUUAUCUCCAAGAACAACAACAUCCUUGUUACAUUUAUUGUCACCGAAGAAUGGUUAACCUUCAUCUCCUCCGAACCAAAACCCGACAACAUCAGCUUCCGUUCGAUCCCCAACGUUGUUCCAUCCGAACUCAUUCGUGAAAAUGGUGAUGAACGUAUAAGUUAUAUUCCUGGAAUUUCCUCAACGCGCCUAGCCGAUUUCCCUCUAAAAGAUGAUAGCAGCCGAAGCAAGCGAAUGAUGCAAAUGACUAUGAAAGGUUUUCAAUGGAUUCACAAAGCACAAUAUCUUCUAUUCACUUCAAUUUAUGAGCUUGAAUCUCAAGCCAUUGAUACCUUAAAAUCAAAACUCCCCUUGCCAAUCUACACUAUUGGUCCUACAAUACCAUACUUUAUUAAUCUUACAAACAAUCCCAAACCAAACACUACAAAUAGCUACAUUGAGUGGCUAGAUUCACAACCCACUGGUUCUGUUCUUUACAUAGCACAAGGUAGUUUUUUCUCAGCUUCAAGUGAACAAAUUGAUGAGAUUGCAAAUGCUUUGUGUGAAAGCAAUGUUAGAUUUUUAUGGGUAGCUCGUGGAGAAGCAACAAGGUUGAAAGAAAUUUGUGGGCACAUGGGAUUGAUUUUGGAAUGGUGUAACCAAUUGAGAGUGUUGUCACAUUCUUCUAUUGGUGGAUUUUGGUCACAUUGUGGUUGGAAUUCCACAAAGGAUGGAGUUAUUUAUGGGGUACCUCUUUUGACUUUUCCAAUAAAUUUGGACCAACCAUUUAAUAGUAAGAUGAUGUUAAGAGUGAAGGAAGAUGUUAAGGGAGAUAUUUUGGUGAAGAAAUGUGAAAUUGUAAAGUUAGUUUAA